AUGACUUACACGGCUCAUCACCACGCAAACCCCAAUAGCGGUAACCCAGAGACGACCUCAGGAGGCUCCUUUGCGAAAUCUGCACUUCAGCAUUCUUCAUUCAUCACUUCAAACACACCAACAUCUACAUCCAGAGUGCUUCAAGAUCAUCCUUGGCUGGACAAUGCAGCAGACAACUUCAGGCCACCUCGACCAGAGUUCCAGAGGAACAAGGAUACACGCGCUAAUGAUCCUUCAACAGCAACUGACGAUAACCCAUGCUCUAAUCCCAUGACAUCAGCAAUGGACAAUGGCCAAAUAUCGCAAGACAACAGUAACCAAACUGCUAACCAUCCCGUUGCUGUUUCAGAUCACUACACAGGCCACGCACACGUUGGGUAUGAGUCGGAAGAUGGCGAAUACUCAGGCAAAUCUGCCGACCUGGACGUUCACAAUAUCGAACAUGUUCCAGUGGAUCUUAGGAUGUCUAGCCUAUCGCACAACAAUCAGCAUGUCUCCGAGUCUAGUUCUGAGGCAGAUUAUCAACUUCAAGCUGACUUCCCUCAACCCGAAACUUCGCUUUACAAGGAAGCUGGGCCAUCGCUUGAACGCCAGCAUGAUAUGCUUGAUGACAGACAUUCACGUCCCGUAGAAAAGCCGUAUGAAUGUAAGUUUUGCGAUAAAUCAUUUUCUACUCAAUCCAGUCUAACAUCUCAUGAACGUACGCACCGAGAAGAGAAACCUUUCAAGUGUAAAGUGUACGAUAAAGUCUUCGAUUGGCGAUCUCUCUAG